AGCAGCGGUUGCUAACUGAAGCUACGUUGCUGACAUCAUUUUUCCGCGACUCCGUGUGUCGGUGAAAAUAAAAGCUGUGGAAAGCGGAGAGCAUCGAGCUCUGUGUCUUAUUUCCUGCCGAGUCCCCGUCAGCUCUCAGUGGACUGAGACCUACAACGCUCCGGAGAAAGAUUUGUUUCCCAUGGGCAACUAAACUGAGGGAAGAGCCGCUUCAGUCAUUUUGCGGGUAUCGAUCGUGAGUUUUUAAACAUACAACACUGAACAACCUAUCCAGUCUAGCAUAGCUUUUAGUUAGCUAUUCAAUUAACGUUAGCUAACAGCCCAGGGAAGGGCAACCAAGCUAGCGUCAGCUUGCUGCUGUGCUGGAAAAAAGAAGCGGAGAGGGACCCGUAGCCGCGGCGCACCGGGCUAUACUCACUGGGUCCAUCCAAAGGAACCUUUCAUAGUGCUGGAAAAUUAAAAAAGGGAAAGGAGGCCCCACUUGGUGGACCCUGUUCCGUGCGUCUUUGAAUGAGACUGCCGGAGCUGAGGGGCUGAAGAGGGCGGUGCGCGGGUCAGCGGGGGGGAGAAUCAAUGCCAAGCCCCUCCCCUCCUCAGGCGGCCUGGUGAAGGUGCAGGAGGUAGCAAGCUGGCUUUUGGAAAUGAACCAGGAUCUGCUGUCUGGGGGCAGCAGGCGGCGGCGGCCGGGGGGGUCGGGGGGGUCGGGGCGAGGUAACGGCUCCUCGGCCCGGGCGCCCCACGAGGACGGCGAGGAGGCCGAGGAGGAGGAGCACAUGGACCGGGUGGUGGAGGAGGAGGAGGAGGAGGAGGAAGAAGAGGAAGAAGAGGAGGAGGAGGAGGAGGAAGGCGAGGAGGAGGAGCAGCCACCCGCUGAGACGGGCGUGGCCGGGGAGGAGGAGGAGGAGGCGCCGUGGUCCUCCGGGGGGGCCGGGGACGGCGAGGGGCGGGGGGAGGAGGCCGCCGCCGCCACCGCCACCGAGAGUCGGGUGAACGGGGACGAGAAGGGCGCCCGGUGGGCAUGGCGACCCGAGCGGCGCCAGCCAGACGAAGAGGAGGAAGAGGAGGAGGAGGAGAACAACAACAGCGCCCGCCACGCCGAGGAGGAGGAGGAGGAGGAGGAGCAGCAGGAGGAGAGGGAGGGAACCCACGGCACCCGGGAGGACGAGGGGGAAGAGGAUGAGGAGGACGAGGAGGAAGAAGGGAUGGACCAGGAGAGCGAUGACUUUGAGCAUUCUGAGGAGGAGGAGGAGGAAGAAGAGGAGGAAGAGGAGGAGGGCGAGGAAGGAGAGUUCUCUCCCACCCACAGGAACAAUGUUGCAGACCCAAAUGACAAUGUGGACCUGUCCUCAGGACGGCAGCGCCCGACUCCGCCCUCUCUCUUUGGGAAGAAGGGUGCUGAGCGUGUCUCGCCGCUUUGACCAGGGAAGCCAGAGAUACCUCAGAGAGAACAGAGAGACUGCAGAGAGACCAGUGGAGCCAGAGAUACCUCAGAGAGAACAGAGAGACUGCAGAGAGAGACCAGUGAAGCCAGAGAUACCUCCGAGAGAACAGAGAGACUGCAGGGAGAGACCAGUGAAGCCAGAGAUACCUCAGAGAGAACAGAGAGACUGCAGAGAGAGACCAGGGAAGCCAGAGAUACCUCAGAGAGAACAGAGAGACUGGAGAGAGAGACCAGUGAAGCCAGAGAUACCUCAGAGAGAACAGAGAGACUGCAGAGAGACCAGUGAAGCCAGAGAUACCUCAGAGAGAACAGAGAGACUGCAGAGAGACCAGUGAAGCCAGAGAUACCUCAGAGAGAACAGAGAGACUGCAGAGAGACCAGUGAAGCCAGAGAUACCUCAGAGAGAACAGAGAGACGCCAGUGAACCCAGAGAUACCUCAGAGAGAACAGAGAGACUGCAGAGAGACCAGUGAAGCCAGAGAUACCUGAGCGAGAACAGAGAGACUGCAGGGAGAGACCAGUGCAGCCAGAGAUACCUCAGAGAGAACAGAGAGACUGCAGAGAGAGACCAGUGAAGCCAGAGAUACCUCAGAGAGAACAGAGAGACUGCAGAGAGAGACCAGUGAAGCCAGAGAUACCUCAGAGAGAACAGAGAGACUGCAGAGAGACGCCAGUGAACCCAGAGAUACCGCAGAGAGAGACCAGUGAAGCCAGAGGUACCUCAGUGAGAAGAGAGAGACUGUAGAGAGAGACCAGUGAAGCCAGAGGUACCUCCGUGAGAAGAGACUGGAGAGACAGAGAGACUGGUGUCACCGGAGUAACUUCAAAGAGAAAUUGAAAUUGAACAGAACGGCUCAGCAGAGAUUCCUAGAGGAGACAGUUUAGCCAGAGUUACAUCAGAGAGAAUAGAGCCUUGAGUGAGAGGUUAGUUUCAUUAUAGGUGUGUCAGAAAGAACAAAGAGCAAUUCAGAGAGAUUACAGAGUGGUCGUGGGUACCUCAGUGAGGACGGUUACCUGAGAGCGACAGCAGACAUGGUUGAAAGCGGGAAAGAACAGCUUAGCCGACGUUACCUCAGACAGAGGAUGGAGCGGCUCGAUCUGAGCAGGAGGAGAGCUGUCAUUCCUGUCACCGAGAGUGACGUGGACCGCAGGACACUGUACACGACAGGCCGCUGUGCAGUCUGCCUCUCUUAAAGAUGGCCGCUCUGCUAAGGGUGACUGGAUCUGUGUCAUCAGGUGUCUUUUCCAUUGCAGCCGUUUCAUUGGUUCAUACGUUGACCUAGAUGGGGCUGAUUGGCCCGUUGUCCUCACCCAACAUUAGUCUUUCUCAGCCUGCAUACCUUCAGUGUAAAGAAAAAAGCCUUGUAUUUCUAUUUUUUGUCUUUGUGUCUUUUUUUUUUUAUAUUGAAAAUUGUCAUCCACCACAGUGUGCUGUCAAAUGUUUCAUGACUCAGCAGAUACAAAGUUAUAAACCACAUCAAAAAUUAAAGCGUUACACUAUUGAGCAAUGGAAAAAAUAUGUUGUUUUUUAUUUUAUUUUAAAAAUUUGCUGUACCUGAGAAGUCAGCUUGUUUUGGGGGGAGAAAUAAGGUUUUUAAUAUUUGAUAAAGAAAGGUAGAAAGGUCAGUUGAAUUAGUGUGAUUUUAGCAGCUGGAAUGUGUGACUCUGCCCUGCCCUGCCAGUUGCACAGUUGCUCGGUGUGGAAAGCGGAUGUGAGUAAGCAGGCUGGCACUGUCAGGCAUUUACACAAGCUGUUCAGCCCCCCAGCCAGGCAAAUGUUUUCACUGUGUCUGUGUGUGUAUAUGUGUGUGUGUUCCUGUCUGUGUGUGUGUACGCCUGUGUGUGAGUGUCUGUGCACGUGUGUCUGUGUGUAUACGCGUGUGUGUGAAUGUGUGCGUACGUUUGUGUGCGUUUGUGUGUAUGUGUAUAUACAUGUGUGUAUACGCAUGCGUGUCUCUAGGUGUGUGUGUCUGUAUUCGUACGUGUGUGUGUAUGUGUGUGUAUACUUGUAUACUUGUGUGCAUGUGUGUGUCUACUUGUGUGUGUGUGU